GACCUAUUUUUCUGUGUACCCUCUUAUAUUUGUUUGCAUUAAGAUUGAAAUUGAACAAUGGUGCCACAGAACUGAACAAUGCAUGAGGCUGAUUGAGGAGCAUUGUGUGACUAUUGCCGGAGGUUAUGACUUUGCUGCAGUGUUGGAAUGGUUUGCUGAGCGUGUUGAUCGAAUCAUCCUUCUGUUUGACGCUCAUAAGCUAGAUAUUUCUGAUGAGUUCUCUGAAGUUAUCAAAGCACUGAAGAAUCAUGAGGACAAGAUCCGUGUAGUGCUGAACAAGGCGGACCAGAUUGAGACCCAGCAGCUAAUGAGAGUUUAUGGUGCUCUUAUGUGGUCUUUAGGAAAAAUUGUCAAUACUCCUGAAGUGAUAAGGGUAUACAUUGGCUCGUUCUGGUCUCACCCUCUACUGAUUCCAGACAAUCGCAAGCUUUUUGAGGCUGAGGAACAAGAUUUGUUCAAAGAUAUCCAGAGCCUCCCUCGAAAUGCUGCUUUACGAAAACUCAAUGACCUGAUCAAGAGGGCACGUCUUGCAAAGGUUCAUGCCUACAUCAUCAGUGCCUUACGAAAAGAGAUGCCAUCUGUGUUUGGCAAGGACAGCAAGAAAAAAGAACUAAUUAACAGCCUUGGAGAUAUUUAUGCCAGGAUUGAACGAGAGCAUCAGAUCUCCCCUGGGGAUUUUCCUAACAUUAAGAAAAUGCAGGACCUACUGCAGGCACAGGAUUUUGCCAAGUUUCAGCCACUGAAGCUUAAACUUUUGGAGACAGUCGAUGACAUGUUGGGAAAUGACAUUGCUCAGCUCAUGAUCCUAGUACGUCAGGAAGAAACCCAGCGGCCUGCCCAAACUGUGAAAGGUGGGGCCUUUGAAGGCACGAUAAAUGGCCCAUUUGGACAUGGAUACGGUGAAGGAGCUGGUGAGGGCAUUGAUGACCUGGAAUGGGUUGUGAUCAGAGACAAACCAAGCUAUGACGAGAUCUUCUACACCCUCUCUCCUAUCAAUGGGAAAGUCACAGGGGCAAAUGCAAAGAAGGAGAUGGUAAAGUCCAAGCUUCCAAACACUGUGCUAGGGAAAAUUUGGAAGCUGGCAGACAUAGAUAAGGAUGGUAUGUUGGAUGAUGAGGAGUUUGCAUUGGCUAAUCACUUAAUUAAGGUCAAACUAGAAGGUCACGAACUACCCAGUGAAAUUCCACAGCAUUUGAUUCCACCAUCAAAGAGAAAGCUGGUUGAGUGAUCGGAGUAGUGAUUGUCAUCUUCAGGGAGAUGGAGGAUAAAGGCUGGGAAGUGGACAGUUUUAAAGUCUUGAUACCGAAGUUAGGCAGGCAGACAAAAUGAUGGGAGAAAUGCAAAUUUUAAUUGAAACAUGUAUUCCAGAAAAAUGUUAUCAGGAAAAUAUGAUCGGAGAAAGUAUUUCUUUUUUUAAUAAAAGAGCAUGUUGUAACCUGAGGCCAUUGUAUACCAUUGCAUUCCUGGGCAUUUUUCUAUCACUAAAUUUAAUGUUUCAGAAGCAGCAAAUCCAAGUUUUAAAGGUAACAUAUUGCCUAAUUUAUCAUUAUCUUAAAGGCAAGUUAACCCAUCAUUUUGUUCAUUUCUACACUCUUUCUAUUUCAAAAUAAAACAAAGAUGUCACCUUGAAUACAAGGGGUCUUACAGAACUUCAAGUUGUCCGUUCUUAUCAGGAAGCUGGAAUUUUAUUUUAUCCAUGUUUAGCACUGUAUUGAAUAACUAGCGUUAGCCCUUUUUCAAAAACCCCAGACUAGUUUGUUUUCCCCUUGAAGAAUAGAUGUUUUUCUAAAUGCAGUUUGCUUUGUGGCCUUCCUUUUUUUUUUUUUUUUUUGCAGCUUCUGAAUCAUGGUUUGGUGUUUUACUUGUUCAAUGAUCUUUUGGGUGGGUGGGUGGAUAUUGCAAAUAUUCAAAGAACCCAUCCAGUGUCAAACCAAGUGUUGGUAUGUAUGAAAGUAUUUGCAGGACUUUCUGUACACUGAAAGUUUUGGAGACUUUACCUUGUCCUGUGGGAAAGUUCCUAUUUUGCUGAGUCAUUUUAAUUUGUAACUUUGCUGUGACUUGUCUGUAACUGUAGAUUAAUUUUGUGGCUUGUAUGGUAACUGUAUAAAGUAAGACUGGUUCAGUUUUUCUUUGCCAAUGUUGUAACUUAACUCUAGUGUAUGAAGAACUCUGAAUUGUAUAGUGGUAUAUUUAAGUAUUUUCUGUAUACCUGCAUUUACAGUGCACAAUUAUAUACUGAAGCAAAGCAUGCAAGAUAACAAUGCAUUCUCCAGUUAAAGCACAUUCAUGAGUGUGCUGUAACUUGGUACACUGAACCUUUUUGCCUUUUUAAGAGUGUGUACAUGUAGCUGUUUUCCACGUCACCUAUCCUUUCUGCUUUGUGUAUUUUUAAAAAUUUCUCGCCAUUAUACAUUUACUUCGUAUUGAGCAUUGUCUUUUUUAAAAAAAAAAAAAUCUCUUCCAUUGUGGUUUAUAUUGAAAACUACACCACUGUUUCCAACUACUGCUUGCAUGGUAUUGUGACUUUUUUGUGACUAAAUUUGUUUUUUUUUCAAGUAGUCAAAAAUUGCUCUAAUGCAUCAGUGUAGUAAGACAUUGAAAGUAUUCAGUAAAUCCCAGAGACAGUACAUUUUUGUGAGCUUUACUGAGUGGAUAUUAAGCUGCCUCAUUUUCAAUUAUUAGCCUUGCUGAUGUUCUAUCCAAACACUGAUUUGUGACACACCUUUUUUUUUGUAUGAAAAAUUGUAAUUUCUUAGCAGUUAAUGUUAGUGUGGUUACUAAAAGUUGAGCAAAUCUACAACUUGUGAGAAUAUGCUGUCCAUAUUUACAUUUUACAGUUCUUUUGUCAAGAAGUUGUCUAAAGGGAAUGUUCCCAAAUAAGCACCAAACAUUGAGCUGAAUGAAAAAAUUGCUAGACCCCCACCUUCUCACCUCCACCCGCGCCCCCCCCCACCACCGCCACCACAACCUAAUUUACAGUGCAAUUGAGGAAAAAAUGCACGUCUCUCAUUGAAAGAGGAAUGCUUGAGGAAAGCAAACGAGGAGUUUUGUAUGUUAUCGUUGGGCGUUGUCAAUUCCCUGCUGACAUGAUUACAUCAAUGUGAAUAAUAGACUUUGACUUUUGGAUAAUCAGUAUUGGAAUUGGGAUUUGUGGGAACGUUAACCUCUUGCAUCACUUUGAACCAUUUGUUUUUAAAUUUCAAAUAUAGAAUCCUUUUUCAAUUUAACUACAGAUUAUCAAUGAUUUAAGGUUCCCAUUGGAAUUCCAGAAGUGGGGAGUUUCUUUUGGAUGUUUUGGUGGCAGAGGGAAGAACCAGAAAUUUGAACAAUCAGUACUCUGCAUGUGGAGCUUUUGAAGUAAAUCCUAAGGGAACUUUUUGUAGUUGGAUGGACAGGGUCAAAAGAAAUUACGUUGUUUUUGCAGGACCACUAAUUUGAGUAUCUGAGUAUUUGGAUGGUAUGGUUGUAAGGAGUCUGUAGAAAAUGCAGGCUAAUUAAAUAGAUUAUCUUUAUCUUUUUACAUGUUUUGUGCUAUUUGAUGUUUGUGAUAGCUGGGUUAGCCUAACACUAUAGUGGAGAUCUGUGCGAUCCACGUGCUAGGAAAAGAUCACCAAAAAUGCCUCCUUUUUUUAUAAUGCACAGUUGGGUUUUUUCUCUAGAUGUUUUGAAGACUGCCACCAGGUGCAUUUGAUCUCCUGAGUAGGUGUCUGAACUAGCUACUAACACAAUUCUUCAGCACUGUAAUAAAGUACUCCAGCACUUACUUGGGUGACACUGAUUUAAGCUCUUCAGGGAGCCAUCAGCGCUGAUUGUAACAUGACUUGAGGUCAGUUCACCUGAGUCUGAAUCAGGACAUAUACUUGUGCCCUUUUUAUUGUUUGCCCAGCAAUGUAUGAUAUAAGCACUUUCCAGUUAGUUUUCAUACAUCCAUGUGAUCGAAAUAAUUAAUGUGACCUUUGGUAAAAAUGUAGGACAACUUCGGAAUCCUAUACAUAACCAGUUCAGUUAGAGUCACACACUCCUGCUUCCUCUAAAGGAAUCCAUGCUGCUUAGUCAUUUUUGUAAGUCAUGCACAUUAAGAGCUAAGAUUUCCUUUGGUUACUACGUCAAAAGAAAGUGUUUAAUGUAUUCUCCAAAACCCACCACAAAUAGACAGCAUGGGAUGUUUUCACAAAAGACACUUUCUCCAGUUUUCUUUGCUUUUUAUUGUUCUCCAGUAAAAUUCAAGGAUUAAUGAAUGAUGGUUUAAUCUUUUGACCAUCAGCAAAUGCCUAACGCUACUUUCCACAAACUCUAGUGUAAACUAAUUGAGCAGUUCCUUGGGGCUGUUGUUGCAUGUGGAUCCCUGGUUUUCAUUUUAGUAAGGAUGUAAGAGAAUUUUUGUCUUCCAUAAAGUGUACUGCUAAAGAAAUGAUACCUUUUUAAUGUGAAAUACUCUAGUACAAUAGGGUUAAACAUUGGACUAGUGAGCUGUCUUUGCUUUAAGUUGUUGUUUGUGAAAAGAGAUUGCUACUGAAUUUGUCAACUUUGUAUGGAGCAAAAAGCUACUGAUUAUCUUCCAGAUUUUAAGGAAACUGUGUACUGUUGAAUGGGGGAUACGCUUUCCUCUGUUUUGCUGUGGCUUACUUUUGGCUUUUUUUAAAUGUAUGCCUGUUGUAAAAUUGUGUUGCACCUUCAUGGCUUUUGCUCAUUUUGACUGGUUACGCUUCCUAAAAUUUGUCUUCUCCCAGCAUUCGGUUCAAACAGACUGUUCUCCAUUUAUACUCUCUUUUGGGCCCAAAUUUCAAAAUGGGUUGGGUGCUAAGCUGCUUUAGUGAUGUGUCCUUUUUUUUUUAUUUUUUUUUUUUUGUCCCCAAUCCACUUGAUCCUGUAAGUGAUAUUGGUAGAAAUUAGAUGUGUACACAUGCAAGAUUAUACUAUCCUGAGUGCAUUGAGUUCAAAAUUCCUAGUGGAUCAAACAUACUAAAUUUCUGUUUCUGUUUUUCUCAAAAGUUCCAACUUACUAACAUUUGGGGGCAAUUUACUGUGGUCUGUCAAGAGUACUGAUUUUCCCCUAUUUGCACUUUUAAGGGUUUGUUACCUCACUACUGAGUUGGAAGACUAAAGAUCAGCAUCAGUUAUGAUCAGUUGAAUGUCCAACUUGCACACUUAUUGAACUUCUUAAAGUCAUGAUCAUUCACUUUUUUCAUGUAUGUUGGCGCAUAAGUUUAAAUGUGGCACCUUGGAUAGCAAGUCGCCAAAAUGAGCAGAAGAAAAUGACAACAGUGCACUGUGAUUUUUUUUUUAAUAUAUUGGCACCUCCACAAUGUUGACUGGGGUGGAGAAGGUCAGAAAUCAAAUGACACCAGGUUACAGUCUAGCAGCCUUAUUUGAAAUUUGUUUUCAAAUGAACCUGUUGGACUAUAACAUGGUAUAGUCCAAUUUCUGAUGUUGCAAUUAUACACAUGCCUUUACAUGUAGUUACUGUAUAUUGGAAAUUCUGUGGCAUUCCUGGGUUUGUUCCAACUGUGCUUCCAAGAAUCUUGACAUUUUUCUUAUUUGUCCUUUUUUGCCAAUAAUAUGCUAUGUACAUUUAUAAAAUAUUGUAUUUACAGUGUACAAAUAUGUGCAGUUUCCUUUAAUAAACAUC